AUGUCGGUCGUGAUUCAGGAAAAGGCAAUACCAGUCAUCGGAGUUCCUCCACCGCCGCACCCACCUCCAGUGCCAAAACUUUCGGAUAUACCACCUCUUAUUCCUAAUAAGCCGAAAACUCUUCAGAAUCCGACAAAAAGAAUUCCGAAAAAAGCACCGCAACCUCAAAAUCAAAAUCCGCCAAAAAAUCCAGGUGUCAAAAAGACAAGAAGAUCAAACCGAAAAAUGAUCGGACCGAAAAAUGAAUCGGGACUUAUCACGGAAACCGGAUUGCCGAAGAGUGAGAAUGGAGCAUUUGUGAAGACGAAUGAGCAGAAAUUGACAGCGAUGGAACAGAAGGCGUACAGUCUUUACUUGGAUGCGCAUAUGAGCAAAGCGGCCGACAAUAUGACUAAAAAAGCAAAGCGUCGACAUCGGUUCCAACUACAGCUGAAAUGGCUUCUCAAUAAAGCUGUAAUGAUGAAUUACGUGAAUAAGGGAGAACUUGCAAAGGAAAUGGCUAAAGAAGCGGCUGAAAAGGCUGAAAAUGCCCUCCCCAAAGAAGACGUUCAGAAGGCUCCAGCGCCACCGAAAGAGAAGAUUCCAAAGACUCUGAAAGUUCCGCAACAACAAAAGCUUCCAUCUAUGAGACAACCGAAACAAAGUAAAUAUAAAUUGGAUAAUCGACAGAAAGUGACGUCAUUGAUGGAUGUACAGCUUCCACAAUCGGACGAUAUGUAUUACCACAAUCAGUCAGCGACAACAGAUUAUCAGAGUUCGAGUGAUUCUUCAAGGGGUUAUCAGUAUUUGGAGGAGAAUUGGAUCAACGCUGACAAGCCGUGGAGAUCCUUCCAAACGUCCUCGUCUUCAUAUCCCACAUCAUCUGACUAUUCUCAAUAUCCGAAUCACUCGACUUCAAUGAAUGAACCAAUGCAGUCCUACCCAUUGUCUACUUCAUCCACUAUCGAUUACUCGGCCUACCCUCAAAUGACUUCUAGCUAUGCAGCUCCGCUCAACUUCGCCACCCACCAACCACCACCAUCAUACUCAUCUUUCCCAUCUCAACUUGCCUCGAAUCCAAUGCCACCGUCGUUCAGUCAACCGCCACCUGAUUUUACUCAAGCACCGCCAAACUUCAUCCCGUCUAUAUCUGAAUUCAACAUUCCACAAGGAUACGUCAGUGAAUAUCGUCAACAAUUUCCAGAACAACCUCAAUCGAUUCAGAACUCUUUUCCACCAACUCAAUCAUAUUUACCAUUCUCAACCGCUGGAUUGCCACUUGAAACUGCUCUGGAAGUUUCUGAGGAAGAGUUGGCGCGUCAGAAGCGUCUUCUAGAAAUUGAGGAGGAACUUCGUGAGAUCAACGCGAAAAAGCUUCGAAUGCAGAUGGAGGAUGAGAUGAGACAGAGAGAGUAUGAGCUUGCUCUUCAAGAACAGCAAAUACAAGAGAGGGAGAGACAGAUUCGUGAUAGAGAGAUGUUUAUGCAGGAGGGCAGAGGCAGAGAUCGCCGUCACCGUUACGACGAUCGUGGAUCCUACUAUCAAGACGAACGUGACGAUGGCUACUAUCGUUCGUCCGAACCUCGUCAUUCAUCGUCUUCUUCGAAGUCUAAUUCUCAUUCAAAUCCUCGCCAGAUAAAGAUCGAACGCGAUCCUGAAGACGCCGCCGCCGCGCGCCGUCAUGGACAACCUUCUCAACAGCAGCAGCAGCAGCAACAAAAACGAAAUGAGAAGAAGUCGUUGCCAAGAAAGAUGAUGAAACGAAAUGGAGGAGGAGAAGAAGGAAAUACCUCAUUGAAGCGUUCGGCUGAAUCGGGUAGUCACGAUGACAUAGGAAACAACAUAGCUGGACGAAUUCAACCAGCCAAGAAGCAACGAGUUCGACACCCAAAGGUCCCUCACGCAAAGCUCGAUAUGCAGGCGAUAAGUGACGACGAGGCUGGAACACACAAUUUCGAUUACAGACCAAUUAGUGAUGAUGAGGCUGAUAUCUAG